GAGCCUGUGCGCCUUGCAAUCGGCAGGAGAUGAGCGCCACUCUGAAUUAUAAGUCUUUUUCUAAAGAGCAGCAAACUAUGGAUAACUUGGAGAAGCAGCUUAUUUGUCCCAUCUGUUUAGAAAUGUUUACUAAGCCAGUGGUUAUCCUUCCAUGUCAGCACAACCUCUGUAGAAAAUGUGCCAGCGAUAUCUUCCAGGCCUCCAAUCCAUAUCUACCAAUCAGAGGAGGUACCACUGUGGCUUCAGGAGGUCGAUUUCGCUGCCCCUCCUGUAGACAUGAAGUAGUUCUUGACAGGCAUGGAGUGUAUGGCCUUCAAAGAAACCUGCUGGUGGAAAAUAUAAUUGAUAUAUACAAACAGGAAUCUUCCAGGCCUGAAAGAAAAACUGAGCAGCCAAUGUGUGAAGAACAUGAAGAUGAGAAAAUUAAUAUUUAUUGCCUGAAUUGUGAAGUGCCCACCUGUUCCAUGUGCAAAGUUUUUGGUGCUCAUAAAGACUGUCAGGUUGCUCCCCUCUCGAAUGUGUACCAAAGGCAGAAGUCUGAACUUAGUGAUGGGAUCGCUGUGCUCGUGGGAAGUAAUGACAGAGUACAAGGAAUUGUAACUCAGCUGGAGGAAACCUGCAGAACAGUUGAAGAAUGCUGCAAAAGGCAGAAGGAGCAACUAUGUGAAAAAUUUGAUUAUUUGUAUGCAAUAUUGGAAGAACGAAAAGGUGAGAUGACACAAAUAAUCACUCGGAGCCAAGAGGAGAAAUUGGAACAUGUCCGGUCUCUGAUAAAAAAGUACGCAGACCACUUAGAGACAGUAUCAAAACUGGUGGAAUCAGGCAUCCAAUUUAUGGAAGAGCCAGAAAUGGCUGUAUUUUUACAGAGGAUUUCAAAGCCAGGAAUAGAGCAGAGUACCAAAGUCGCCACUAUGGAUAGCCUCUGGUUAAAAACAAAACAAAACACCUCUUCAGCUAUGCCUGCUAUCGUUGCUGAACAGGAUUCUCUUACCCAAAGCAAAGAUGUUUUGUUCCUCUAUCCAAGAGUAUUGAAAGCAAAGCCACUUACUUGCUUGGCCCUAAGACGUGCUUGUGUCAGUGUAUUUUGGCAGAUGAAGUGGCUAGCCACCAUGCUGCUGGUGGACAUCUGGUCUUCUCAGAGUGGGACACUGAGAGCAGCUUUUGCCCCAAAUAGCCUGCUUUCAGGUACAGCCCCUUUGCUUUAUGAGCAGAUGAUUUUGGCGACAUUGGUGAAAUCAUGUUUUAUUAUUUCCUCACAGGGGUUGACAUUCUGCAUAUCAGUUUUGGCUUUUCUUAUCUUACUGCACCAUAUCUGGAAUCAGAUUCAGUACAUGGUUUUUUCUUUGAGGGUUUUUGAGAAUUUUGGACUUUCUAGAUAG